GAUCACUCUCACUUACCUAGUGCAAUAGUUAUAGUGCAAAGUACCUUCCGUAAGCACCCUUCAUAACAUUUCCACCUUCACAGUAUAGCACUCACUUCCUGGCAGAGUCCACUUUAAUCAUCCAUAAACGUCUUUGGUAGCAUUUUCCUAACUCCGAGAUAACAGCAGAAGGGCCUUCCUUCGGCGGCCAUGGCGAACACUCAGGAGGGUGCAACCAACACCAGCGAUGCAGGCAUCGAGGAAGGCGACAUCGUUAACGAUGAUGGCGAGGACAUGGACUAUGCUGAAGAUGAGGAGGGGGAGGCCGACGAGGAGUCAAUGGCUUCUUCAGAGGAUGAGGAGUACAACCUGAGGAACUUUAACAUCUCACAGGCUCUACCAGUACCGGAGGGCUCACCGGACUUUGAUGCUGGCCCCCCCCAGACCGCGGAGGAGUACCUCCGCUGGGUGCGCUACGAGGCCUCCCGCUGCCCCCGCGUCACUCGCAAGGAGAUCGACCCGGCGCUGCUGGCCAGGAAGGAACAGCAGCAGCAGGGAAUGCAGGGUGGGGCGGACGCGUCCGCAGCAGCGACAGCAGGAGCGGGCGAGUCUGCCAGCUACCCAGCGAGCUCCGGUGCAGGCGGGGUGCAGCAGUCGGGAGGGGGCGGGGGCGGGCCCCCUGCAGGUGGGGCCGCCAGGUCCAGCCGGCGGCCCUGGCAGUUCCAGGGUGCGGGGUGCGGGGGGGGAGGGGGCGGCGGGGCGCUGCCUCCCCCGGUGGCGAGUGAGUGCGAGGAGUGGGCGCGACCCAGCACCCGGUGGCUGCGGGAGUUCUGGCAGGACUUUUCGCAGUUGCGGCAGACGUUGGGGGCGCUGCAGCGGCAGCAUGUGCAGGACCUCUCCCGCACGCCGCUGCCGCCACUGGAGCAGCUGGCCGCGUGGGACCGCAUCUGCUUCGAGCAGUGGCAGCCGCUGGAGGGGCGGCAGGAGGAGGAGGAGGGGCAGCAGCAGCAGCAGGAGGAGGAGGAGGGGCGGGUGCAGCAGCAGCAGGAGCAGGGUGUCGGACGUGUCCAGGAAGGGCUAGAUGCAGAGCAGGAGGCACCGCGGGGGGCAGAUGUGCGCGCUGAGGAGGAAGAAGUGGCGCCACCACCACCUCCGCCUCCACCACCUCCGCCUCCACCGCCACCGCCGCUACCCCACCACUCUGAAGCAGCAGCAGCAGCCCCCUCAUCCGCCCCAGAAUCCCCCCACCCGCAGCUCAAGCCCGCAGCGCCCUCCUCCCAGCGACACCACCCCUACCCUCACCCUCACCAGCAACAACAGCAGCGGACAGGGGCCAGCAGAGGAGGGAGAGCGCGAGGGGGGCAGGCUGGAGGCGGGGAUGCGGCGAGGGAGGCGGAGGGGGAGACGGACCGGCUGUGCGGCCCGGUGGUGCGCACGGUGCUGGCGCUGGACCAGGUGUCCAUCUGCACGCUGCUCCAACGUCACGUGGAACAGCUGGCUGGCCAGCCUGGCCUGUCGUACAUCCGGUCGCAGUGGCUCUUCGCGUUGACUGCCGUACUGGAGCGGCCCGUUCCGCCUGACGUGGCGGCAGCCAUGAGAGAACUGGUCCGCCGCUGCUCGCUCUGGCGCUCCCAGCUGGUCGCCCCCUCCGACCCCGCCCUGCCCCGCCUCAACCUGCUGCUGGCGGUGGCGGGCGGGUACUUCGGGCAGGACGAGCUGCUCUCCGCGGCGGCGGCAGCAGCGGGGCUGGGGGAGCUGGUGUGAGGGAGGAUGCAUGGGGGGGGUGCUGCGGGAUAGCAUGUAGGGUGGUGGGGUGUGGUGGCGGCAGCGGUGAGAGGAGAGUGGCAGGUGUUUCGAUGCAAUGAUACGUGUGUUUGUUUGGUUUUGCAGCUGUGUUUGCGUUGGGUGGACUGCGUGCGAGGGUUGAGCGUGUUGCCGUAUAGUGUACGGUAUUGAAGAUAACACGGGAGAAGCAUUAAGGAAGGAAACAGAUGCAAGGGAAUAGAAGAAGCACAUGCAUGUGUUUGUACAGCAUGCGUACAGCCGAAAGCGUUUGUCAGCUUGUUGGUGUUUUCGGUGCUUAUCUUUCAAGCUUGCAUACGACGCAACAGAGGCAGAUGCUGGGUUGGGCAUUGGUACCGUGUUUGAAGUUGUUGAAGGCCGGGAAGAGUACGGACACGCUGCUUC